GGUUUUUUAAUCUCUAUUCUCUACCAGGCACGCAUAUCAAUCCUCCAAUUCCAUCCAAAAAAAGAGUUGUAAAUUCUUCUCCACAUCUACAACACACAGAAAGAUCAGAAGACGUGCUGAUCCAACCCUCUUCGAUCAAUGUCUAGAGGGGCGCCUUUACAGAAAGAUGCGCCGUGGAGGGCCGCCCCUACCGCUAGACCCAUCCCCAAAAUCCACCACUCUCCACUCAUUCGCAUCACUCAAACCCCCUAUUCGGACUAUGCCCUUUCCGUCAUGAAGCACCCUGAUCCAAUUGGGGGUGGGCUAGGAAUGGCGGCCAUUGUGGAGGCAGCUGGACCGGAAUGCAUCAUCCCAGGACAGACUGUACCCAUCAAAUUACUUGGUCUUAAGGUAUGGCCUAUUGUGAUGGAUUUGAAGUUUAUGGAACCCGUGGCGCGACAACUUCACCUAAUUGGGAAGUUCAUGGAUUCAGCAGUUGAUUUGAUGAACAAAUCCUUCAUUGAUCGCUAGAGCUGCUGCUGUUUGAAGGAGUUAAAGCUGAUGGAGGCAUUAUUGGCAUUGAUUAAAUAUUAAAAGAGAAAUAGGCGCCCCAUCCCAUCCUACGUUUUGCUAAACUAAAGUAUGUGGCGCCAUCUAAAUUCGGUCUUAGAUUUCUAUUUUUUGUUUGAAGAAUAUGUGCUAUAUAUCUAUCUAAUGACCAUUGAUGUAUAAAGUGACUUUUUUGUUUCAUUUUAGGAUGUUUUUACUUAGACUGUAAUUUGCUGGUCUGGUCUGAUAUGGUCUGGUCUGAAUUGGUCUGGUCUGGUAAGGUCUGGUUUCUUUGUAUUUUUAUAACUAUCCAAGUCUGGUCUGGGACAAAUUACAGUCCAAGUAAAAACAUCCUUAGUAUACUCUUUCUUCUUUCCUGAUUUGUCACUUGGUGGAACCCCCAAGUAUCAGAAGCUAGAAGCCCAAAGCGUUUGAACAAAUUGCUGGCCAAUAAUGGGAGUAUUUUUUUAUCAUAUAAUGGGAGUAUUUAUUUAUUUUAAUAUCUUUGUUCA